AUGCUGGAAAUUACUUGCUCCGGAACGCCCUACGAGAUUGGCUUCCACCAUGGAAGCCAGGCCAAGACACUCGUGCGUGGCAGUGUGGACUUUUACACGCAGUAUUUCCAGAAGAAAAGCAGGAUGAGCUGGGAGGCUGCCGAAGACGCGGCCAAGAAAUUCCAUCCCUUUCUGGAGCAGCAUGUCCCUCAUCUAGUAGAAGAGAUGCGAGGUAUUGCUGAAGGUGCCGAGAUUCCCUUUGCGGCUGUCCUGGCACUGAAUGCGCGCACUGAAAUCUCAAUGGGCAUGAUGGACGAUGGGUGUACGUCGCUGGCCUGGAAGACGGACAAGUUUAGCGUCGCCGGCCAGAACUGGGAUUGGGAUAUUCCCCAAAAGGCCAGGCUUGUUCUCAUGCACAUCAAGCCCGCACACAACGGCACUGUGCAGCGACCCAAAGCCAGCUUCCUCACAGAGGCUGGCCUCCUGUGUAAGAGCGGCCUCAACUCCGCUGCCGUAGCUGUUUUUGUCAAUGCCGUCAAAGCCCGCGGCGUGAAAUUCGAUGCUCUCCCGAUCCAUAUUGCACUGCGCACCGUGCUCGAGAGCGAGAGCCGUCUCAAGGCCAUUGCGCGUCUGCGCUCCCUCACCCUAGGCACGUCUGGGCACAUUCUGAUUGCGGACAAGACGGGCGGCACGUCGCUCGAGUUUAGCCACCUCGACAUCAUGCAGCUGGAAAUGGUCCACGGGCAGGUCGCCCACACGAACCAUUUCUUGGUCCAGCAUGACCCUGCCGUCGAGGAUGCGUUUAUUUUCCCAGACUCUUUGGCGCGCAUGAAGCGCAUCGGGUUGCUGCUGGCGCAGGGCAAGAAGCAGGUGGAAGAGGAGGGCAUACUCCCGCCGGUGGCUUGCUGUGAGCGCAUGCUGGAGGACGAGGAUGGGUACCCGACCGCGAUCAAUAGAAAGAGCAGCCCCGUCAGGGAGAGCGAGACGCUUUUCAGCAUCGUGGCUGAUCUGGAUGCCAAGGUUGCGCAUGUGAGGCUUGGCCGGCCAAAUGAACCGGAAGGUCACUGGACGCUCACGCCAACGGAGCUUUAA